UGACUGUCUUCCUUCCCCCCAACAGCUUUAACAUAGAUCCGAUUUUCCUGUACUCGCACCAUCUUUUUUUCACACCUAGAACCCACCAGAAAUGGACCCAUCGGAGUUUUCCCUUCCCUCUGAAUCCAUAACCGCCUUCACCGGCCCCGAACACGCCCACCACGACAUCUACCCUUCCAUCUCCGCUUCACACACCCCCUCCCUCCGCCAACCCGGAAAAGUCGUCCUCAUCACCGGCGCCGGGCGCGGCUGCGGCCGCGCCAUGGCCCUGCAGUACGCCCACGCAGGAGUCGCAGGCAUCAUACUCGUCUCGCGCACGCUCCCGCAGCUCGAAGAAGUCGAAUCCCAGAUCCGCAGCAUCAGCCCGGAAACGAAGGUAUCCAAGCACGUCGUCGACGUCACAAACGCACAGAGCGUCUUCGACUGCGCCAAAGCCGUUGAGCAGGACUUCGGGGGCCGUCUGGACGUGCUCGUCAAUAAUGCAGGUACCAUUUAUGCGUUGGCGCCGCUCAGGGACACGAAGCCCGAGGAGUGGUGGCAUACGUACGAGGUCAAUAUCAAGGGCCCGUAUCUGUUUCUCAAGGCCUUUUUGCCGCUGUUGUCGGGUACGGCGGAGAAGUUCAAGACGCUGACGCAUGUGGUGAAUAUUUCGAGUAUUGGGGCGCUGUCGAUUAAUCCGGGGGGUACGGCGUAUUUCACCUCCAAGCUUGCGCUGUUGCGGUUGACGGAGUUGGUCGAGUUGGAGGAAGGGGCGAAGGGCGUUGUUUCGGUCGCGGUGCAUCCUGGGGGUGUGGCGACGGAGUUGACGCUGCCGUUUGAGAAUCUGAAGCAAUUUAUGACGGACACGCCAGAAUUAUCGGGUGGUUUCGUGGUAUGGAUUACCGCGGGGGAGAAAAAGUGGUUGGGUGGGAGGUAUUUGUCUGCGACAUGGGAUGCGGAUAGGUUGGAGGAGAGGAAGCAGGAGAUUGUUGAGGGGGAUAAGCUAAAGGUGAAGCUGGCUGUUUAAGUCUUGCGGUAUCGAAUGCAUGGUGUAGUAGACGGUACUAUGUUCUGGUCCACCAGUAGUCGGCUCCGCCAUUAUCAAAUCAGCUCCUCAGUCCCAAAAAAGCACUGAGAAGUUACUGACCGCAUAUUCUGUGCAAAUUAUACGA